GGAUGCUUUUGCCACUCCACUGGAAACCAAAACCCAAAAAAAAAAAAAAAAGAACGUCCCGUGACCUUCAAUCGAUCAUUAUUAUUUGAACAUGCUUUACAAGUUAAUCGCUUCCUUCGAAAAUGAUUGUCCUGUUUAUUGUGAUAAUAGUAUCAUAAUCAUUUUGAAAUGGAAGGAUUAUAGUAAUUCCAUAUUUGGAAUUGAUUAGCAAACGCAAUGAAUCAUAUGCUCGAGUUUCCCUUAUAAAAUCCCUCUGCCAUUUCAUUCUUCUUGCAUGCGCCUAAUAUUCAAAAUGGGCUCAAAUACACUGACAUUAAUAAUCUUCACCUCUCUUCUCAUCUCAUCAACCACCACCACCACUGCCACCGCGACAACCAAGACGGCGGCGGCAGCCGGUUACGACCCAUGUGAAUCAUCCUCAAGCAGUACUGAUUCAGACCUCUCCAUUAUUCACAUUUACGGCAAAUGCUCACCAUUUGCACCUCACCAAACGCCAUGGCUCAAUACAGUCAUCAACAUGGCUUCCAAACUCGACCCUCAAAGAUUUGCUUACUUAUCAAGCCUAGUAGCUUCCCCAAAGCCCACCAAAGUCCCCAUUGCUUCCGGCCAGAACGUCCUGAACGUCGGAAAUUACAUCGUCCGGGCAAAAAUCGGGACGCCGGCGCAGCUAAUGUUCAUGGUUUUGGACACCAGCAACGACGUUGCAUGGGUCCCAUGCACCGGCUGCUCCGGCUGUUCUUCCCGCCUCUUUUCUCCCAAUACUUCCACCAGUUACUUGGCCUCCGACUGCUCUUUGCCGGAAUGCACCCAAGUCCGGGGACUUUCUUGCCCCACCACCGGCAACGGCGCCUGUUUUUUCAACCAAUCUUACGGCGGAGAUUCAUCCCUUUUCGCUACAUUGUCACACGAUUCCCUUACCUUAGGGAACGAUGUGAUUCCGAAUUAUGCGUUUGGAUGCAUUAAUGCCGUCUCCGGCGGGUCAAUUCCGCCACAGGGGUUAUUGGGUUUGGGUCGGGGCUCCAUGUCCCUGCUCUCACAAUCCGGGUCGCUGUACUCCGGUGUCUUCUCCUACUGUUUACCAAGCUUCCGAUCAUACUACUUUUCCGGGUCACUCAAACUCGGCUCGGUGGGUCAACCCAAGAAUAUCCGGACCACCCCGUUACUCAAAAACCCGCACCGUCCUUCCUUGUAUUACGUGAACCUCACCGGAAUCAGCGUCGGAAAAGUUAAGGUCCCCGUUGCUCCGGAGCUCCUAUCUUUCGACCCCAAUACCGGUUCCGGCACCAUCAUUGACUCCGGGACGGUGAUAACCCGAUUCGUCCAACCGGUUUACAAUGCAUUGAGAGAUGAAUUCAGAAAACAAGUGACCGGACCGUUCAGCUCUCUGGGUGCAUUUGAUACUUGUUUUACGGCUUCCAAUGAGGAUUUAGCUCCUCCAAUAACGUUGCAUUUUGAAGGGAUGGAUUUGGUUUUGCCAAUGGAGAACAGUUUGAUUCACAGCAGUGCCGGUUCUUUGGCUUGUUUGUCGAUGGCGGCUGCUCCGGGGAAUGUGAAUUCCGGGUUGAAUGUGAUAGCCAAUUUGCAGCAACAGAAUCUCAGGAUUUUGUUUGACACUGCAAAUUCUCGCGUGGGAAUUGCUCGGGAACUUUGUAAUUAGAUUCGUUUGGUGUCCAAAUUCUUGUUAGUCUGUCUUAAUAUUUGCCGAUUGCCGCGAGAUUGUCUGUAGCUUUGGUACUGUUUGUUUGAUCAAUUUUUCAACCCUUUGUGAUUAUCUCAUCUUUGUACUGUGGUUAUGGUUGGAGUUAGACCGAUGCAAUCUGUUUGCAUUUUAUCUCAAGAAAUCAUAUCGCAUGUCGCCGGAUCUUUCUAGUCCCUAAAAUAUUUUCCAAUUCAAUUUUAGUCCUCAAUAUUUUUCACGUGAUAAAAUUAGUUCUGUUAGUAUUUUUUUGGUUCAAAAUUGGUCUUGUUUGCCGGAUCCGGCUACUAUUCCGAGGAAGUAUGAUUUUUAAAUUAUAAAUAUUUCCCAAAAUUUUGUAAUUUUAUCCCAAUUUUUUUUUAAAAAAAUUCAGUUGAACCCAAUUUUAACUUU